CAUAUGAUUAGACAAAGGUUAGUAGUUGGCCGCCAAAAUAGCUAACGGUAGAGUUCGGCAUUAUGGGUGGUCUUAUGUAUAUCAAUAUAGUACUUCUGUGCUUAAAUAUCUGGACAACGAAUUCCACAUCAUUUUGGACAACGAGUUCCGCAAAAAGGACCUUACACACUUCAGAAAUUCCAAGCCCUGAGACGACUGCAAUGACAACCAUGGAUGCACUUCUCCAGAGUGGUAUGGGCGGGUUCCUACAGCUGAUUCAGGAGUUCGGGUCUCUCCGGGCCCAGGUCGAGCAGCAGGAAGAAGUUAACAAACUCCUCCAGGACAAGGUUGCCAGGAUGGAGGCCUUGCUGAAGCUGGUCAACAAUACGGCAGUGCAGGAAACCGACUACCUUAAACAGGGAUCCAUGGUGCAACAGGAGAUCUCAACGCUGCUGCAAACUACAACGUUCAUCGAGGCAGGGAUGACGAACGCCGUGGCGACUGCAACGAUGUUGGAGAUGGAAAUGAUGAAAGUUGAGAAGUCUCUGGAUGACGUCACCGACUGCCAUGACACAUUCAAAGCGAGGCUGGACAACAUGACGUCAUCGCUGCUGGACACCACUAAUGAAACAAACCGUCUUUCAUUCAACUCUGAGAUGCUGAAUCAGACAAUGGAAGAACUCAACAAAGACAUGAUGGAGCUGGCCAGCAAAGGAGAUGACCUGAAAGUGUCAACGAGCAGACUCGACAGCGUGGCCUGCCAAUCCGGAAGGCUUUUCUUCAGAGGUAGCAGCAGCUAUCUGUACUCAAGUACCAGAUAUGAGCAGUGGCCCGAGAGUCAAAGGGUUCAGUUCACCAAGCAGUUCAUGAGACCACCGACUGUUUCCUACGGCGUUGUUGGUAUGGAAGCGGACAAAGACUUUGACGUCAAAUUCAAUCUGACCAUCAAUGACGUCAGGAGUUCUGGGUUCGAACUACUGUGUAAUGCAAAUGGGAAACGCGAGCUUGUAAAGUUAGAUGUUCAGUGGAUUGCAUGUCUCGUGUAGUCAGUUCCAUGAUCUUACAUUGUCUGAGAAGAAGUUCUCCAAAGUGUGUUAAGAUAUUCUUAAUGUACUCCUUUGGCUGAUGCCUGCUGGAAAUAAAGUGGAUAAAUCAUAA